GGGGGCCAAAUCAAAGCAGCCAAGUAGACCGGAAUCAACCACAACAGAUUGGUAGAAGCCAUUAUCUCCGUUUAUCGAAUAACAAUAAUUAACGGUGAAGAUUCGAUCUGCAGACAACAGCUGUUCUUUCUGGGUGAUUCUCUUUUGACACAGCAUACCAUAUAACAUAUAUAUCCCCCCAAUUCAUUACUUCAUCUUCUUUUCUGUGACCACUUCUUACAACCCCAGGAUUUCCUCUUUAUCACCUUCGGCUUUCAUCGGCUAUUCUGGUUUAUCUACAUUAUAGGAUUCUUUAGUGCUUCUGAUCUGAAAACGAAAGCAAUUAUAUAAGAUGAUAUACAUAUAUUGAGGCCGUGAGUUAACACACACUAGGGUGGUCAUUUAUCAGUGGUUAUGUGACUCGUGGUGCACGCGACACUUUGAAGAUUGUUGACAAAGCUGAAUAUGUAAAGUUAUACACUGAUACAUGUUGACUCACACCUUUAUGUCUUUAGGGCUUAUAGAAAAUAUGGCUUAAUAUUGUAUAAUAUAGAAGAGCACAUGGAAGAGCCAAAAAAGAAGUUUCCUCUUGAUGCAAAGGAUUACAAGAUAUAUGAGGAAAUCGGUGAAGGAGUUAGUGCCUCUGUGUAUAGAGCUCUUUGUGUUCCUUUGAACGAGACGGUUGCCAUCAAGGUUCUUGAUUUGGAAAAGUGUAAUAAUGAUCUGGAUGGUAUCCGUCGGGAGGUACAAACCAUGAGCUUGAUCAGUCAUCCAAAUUUAUUACGGGCAUGUUGCUCUUUCACAACCGGCCAAAGCCUUUGGGUUGUUACUCCAUAUAUGGCUGCAGGAUCUUGUCUUCACAUUAUGAAAUCAUCUUAUCAAGAAGGUUUUGAAGAGCCAGUUAUAGCUACAUUACUUCGAGAGGUCCUUAAAGCUUUAGUUUAUCUUCAUAACCAUGGCCACAUCCAUAGAGAUGUCAAGGCGGGGAACAUAUUAGUUGAUUAUAAUGGUACUAUAAAGUUAGCAGAUUUUGGAGUAUCUGCAUGCAUGUUUGACACCGGGGAUAGGCAACGUUCAAGAAAUACUUUUGUGGGAACUCCUUGUUGGAUGGCACCGGAAGUUAUGCAACAAUUGCAUGGAUACGACUUCAAAGCAGACAUAUGGUCGUUUGGAAUCACCGCUCUUGAACUUGCGCACGGUCACGCACCAUUUUCUAAGUAUCCACCGAUGAAGGUUUUGCUGAUGACUCUGCAAAACGCACCACCCGGUCUCGACUACGAAAGAGACAAAAAAUUCUCGAAGUCUUUUAAAGAAAUGGUUGCCGCUUGCUUAGUGAAAGACCCGAAAAAACGUCCCUCGUCAGAAAAGCUUUUGAAACACCCUUUUUUUAAGAAUGCGCGAUCAACUGAUUAUCUGGAACAUACUAUUCUUGAUGGGCUUUUUCCUCUAGCCGAUCGCUUUAGGAUGCUAAAGGAAAAAGAAGCAGAACUUCUUAUGCAGAACAAGGAAUUAUACGGUGAAAAGGAGCACUUAUCACAGCAAGAGUAUAUACGUGGAAUUAGUGCCUGGAAUUUCAACAUUGAGGAUUUGAAGAAUCAGGCUGCCCUUAUCCAGGACUACGAUGAAAUAUCAAAUGCAGAAGAUCUGAACGAAACUUCAAAGAAACAAAACAGACUCGAUGAUGUUGGUUUACCAGCAGAGAGGUCUUCCCCUGAGGCGUCUGAUCAUUCAGAUUCCGGAUCGCACAUCGAGGAUGCAAUCGAUGAAAUUCCGGAUUUGGAGAGUUCAUUUGCGGAAUUUCCUAUAAAGCCUCUUCAAGCACUCAAGGGAUGUUUCGAUAUUUGUGAAGAUGAUAGAGAUAACGAUAAUCCAUCAGAUAACGAACAGCCGAGUGCCAUAAAGCCAUCAGUAAAAACUGUGGAUCAAGAAGCCGAAAGCAACGAUGCCGAGCAUUUUGGACAAAGAAAUUUUUUGCCGAAACCGAAACCCACUACCGAUGAGCCUAGAAAGUAUUUGAGUGGUUCACUGCUUCCAGAUAAUAAUUCUUCUCCUAAAAAGCUGGUCAGCGAUGUUGACAGAGAUCCUCCUCUGCUAUCACGAUUCAAGACACAACGCAAUCAUAGUGGUCCGCUGCAGUUCCGUCAAAAGCAUAAUAUGAAUCACUCUGCAUCCGUGGAAGAUCUUUCAGAAGGAGCAGUGGUCCAGCGUAAGGGCCGUUUUAAAGUCUUUUCUGCAGAUCAUAAUCCAAAGGCUUUAGCCUUCAAUUCGAGUGGUAUUACCAGUCCGCCAGUAUCAAGCGUGUCAACUGCUUCAGUUAUUCCAUAUUUGCAAUCCCUUUUGCACCAUAAUAAUAUGCAACGCGAUGAACUACUUAAGUUAAUAAAGCUUUCAGAGCAAAGUUCAGGCAAUGGUAUGGAACACGUGGCAUCAGGAACCAAUGAAAGCUUACAAAUUCCCGUGAGUUCUCCAAGGGAAAGAGAACUGCAGUCUCAGGUUAUUCAGUUACAACAAAGCAUUGGCAGCGUGGUUGAGCAAUUGCGAAUAAUGAAAACGAGAAAUGCACAGUUGGAAAGAACAUUGAGCAAUUUUAAAGGAACAGAUAGCAUUCAAGAAUGAUUCAUAGUUGCAUGUUUUUGAGUUUGUGAUGGCUCGCCGUCAGUGUGUAUGUUACCAUUUCUCUAGACAGCAAUACAUAUAGCAGCAUCCUUGUACAUUAUGUAUAAUUCACAUACUUGAUAUUGAAAUAAUUAAAUAUUUAAAUUAAAUUA